AUGAGCUCUCCGCUACGACCAAGCAUGUCGUCUGCAAAUCGUGGUGCAGGUCCUUCGAGGAACAACAAGCGUGCCAGGGACGAUGGAUCCUCACCAGCACACCCGCCGUCAACUCCGAUGGACAUGGCCUCCUCUCCGCCCCUGAUUCCCCAGGAUGACGAUAUGCUCGAUGAGGAUAACAUCUACCGCGAUGUAGAUGACCUAGACGAGGAGGCUGAGGAGGGCGCCGGCAUCGAUCUGUUCGAUGACAGAUUCGAUGGCGAACACUUAGGCUUUCAGAACAACCAGAAUUAUGAGGGUUCCGAUAUUGAUGAUGAAGGAAACUACGAAGACUUGGGUAUGGGUGCGAGACGAGAAAUUGACCGCCGACUCAAUCGACGUGACGCCGAAGCACGACGCCGCAUACCUGAUGCCUUCUUGCCGGACGACGACGAGGGCGGCAUCGGUGAGCUCAUAAGAGGAGGCCGCAGGCAACGCCAUCGCUAUGACGAGGAACAGGAUGAUAUGGAUCUUGAUGGCGACAUUAUGGCCGAAGAAAUGUCUCUGGAAGCGCUCUCAGACAUCAAGGCAAACACAUUGACCGACUGGGUGGCACAACCUGUCGUUGCUCGGUCUGUUGCUCGCGAAUUCAAGGCAUUCCUUACCGAGUAUGUGGACGACCAGGGUGUUUCUGUAUAUGGAGACCGUGUCAAGACCCUUGGUGAGAUCAAUGCAGAGUCCCUGGAAGUCUCUUUCAAUCACCUCACGGAGGGCAAAGCUACCCUCGCUUAUUGGGUUGCGAAUGCUCCCACAGAGCUGCUGAAGAUCUUUGACCAAGUCGCCAUGGAAGUAGUGAUCUUUCACUACCCGGACUACGAACGCAUCCAUUCCGAGAUUCACGUUCGGAUAACAGACAUCCCAAUCGGACUUACGCUCCGCCAGCUUCGCCAGUCGCAUCUGAACUGCCUGGUCCGUGUUAGCGGCGUUGUAACGAGGAGAAGUGGAGUUUUCCCUCAGCUGAAGUACGUUAAAUUUGACUGUAACAAAUGCGGAACUACCCUAGGACCCUUCCACCAAGAUUCAAACGUGGAAGUGAAGAUCUCAUUCUGUUCGAAUUGCCAAUCACGAGGUCCUUUCACUGUGAACUCGGAAAGAACGGUCUAUCGCAAUUACCAGAAGCUCACCCUUCAAGAGUCGCCUGGUACUGUCCCUGCCGGUCGCUUGCCUCGGCAUCGAGAAGUAAUUUUGCUGUGGGACCUCAUCGACUCGGCGAAGCCAGGUGAAGAAAUCGAAGUCACUGGAGUUUACCGCAACAACUACGAUGCAUCCUUGAACAAUAAAAAUGGGUUUCCUGUGUUCGCCACUAUAAUAGAGGCAAACCAUGUUGUCAAGUCCCAUGAUCAGUUGGCUGGUUUCCGACUAAGCGAGACAGAUGAGCAGCAAAUCCGCCAAUUAUCGAAGGACCCUCAAAUCGUCGACAAGAUUGUCAACUCUAUCGCGCCGAGUAUUUAUGGACAUAAGGACAUCAAAACUGCGGUGGCACUUUCGUUGUUCGGCGGUAUCAGCAAAGAGGCUGCUGGAGGUCACGCCAUGCGUGGCGACAUCAAUGUCCUCUUACUUGGAGACCCAGGAACUGCCAAAUCUCAAGUCCUCAAGUACGUUGAAAAGACUGCCCACCGAGCCGUCUUCGCUACUGGCCAAGGUGCCUCCGCUGUCGGUCUUACGGCUUCGGUUCGCCGCGACCCUAUGACAAGCGAAUGGACUUUGGAAGGUGGAGCUCUCGUGCUUGCGGACAAGGGCACCUGUCUGAUUGAUGAGUUCGACAAAAUGAACGACCAGGAUCGUACGUCUAUCCACGAAGCAAUGGAGCAGCAGACGAUUUCGAUUUCCAAGGCUGGUAUUGUCACCACACUCCAGGCUCGCUGUGCAAUCGUUGCCGCGGCCAAUCCCAUUGGUGGACGAUACAACUCGACCAUUCCCUUCUCUCAAAACGUCGAGCUCACCGAGCCUAUCUUGUCUCGUUUCGAUAUUCUGUGCGUCGUGCGCGAUACAGUCGACCCCAACGAAGAUGAGCGCCUUGCCAAAUUCGUCGUGAACUCUCACGCCCGUUCGCAACAGCACACAAAUGCGGCGUACUCUGCAGAAAAUGGCAACGGUGAGUCUCAGGACAUUAUGGACGUGGAUGCCCAAGCGAACCAGGCAGAGAAAGGGGAUAUACCGCAGGAACUGCUCAGAAAGUACAUUCUCUACUCGAGGGAGAAGUGCAAACCCAAGCUGUAUCAGAUUGAUCAGGACAAGGUCGCCCGACUGUUCGCUGAUUUGCGAAAAGAGUCAAUGGCAACUGGUGCUUAUCCAAUCACUGUCCGCCAUCUGGAGGCCAUUAUCCGCAUCUCAGAAGCCUUCUGUAAGAUGCGACUGUCCGAUUACUGCUCGGCCGAAGACAUCGACCGCGCCAUUGCUGUCACUGUCGAUUCGUUCGUUGGUUCGCAGAAGGUCAGCGCGAAGAAGUCUCUCGCUAGGGCAUUUGCCAAGUACACUCUUAACCGACCUGGUGCCGUUCGUAAGCCAGCUAGGGCGACUCGGCAAGCUCAACGUGCUGUUGCGUAG